GCAAAAUGCAGCUACAACUCCGCUCGCUUCGGCAAACACGUCAAGGCGGCGCUGCUCGGGUGCAACCCUGCACGCACAGCGUUCGCCCUGUCCAAUUUGCUCGCCGACCUCAAUUUUCGACUGAUAUUAAAGCUUCAGCUACACCCACUGCUCCUGCGGGCUCGAAGACCGUGCAGCCUGAGAAGGAUGUGCCGGGCAUGUCCUCGUUCCUGGACAGCCUUAAGUGGGACAAGAACAAUCUAGUCGCUGUCAUCGUUCAGCACAUCGACACCGGCGAGGUGAUGAUGCAGGCGUUCGCGGACCGGGCUGCCAUCAGCGAGACUCUGCAGACGGGCCUGGCAACCUUUUACAGCCGCUCCCGCGGCGGGCGCUGGUGCAAGGGCGAGACGUCUGGGCACUUCAUCAACGUCUUCAACGUGUUCACCGACUGCGACCGCGACUCCAUCAUCUAUCUAUCAGAUCCCAUCGGGCCCGCCUGCCACACCGGCGCGCGGACGUGCUGGUUCAAGGAGGUGGAGCUGCAGGGGCAGGAGGGCGCGGCCGUGAGCCACGCCGGCGCACACGACGACGGCGGCGACCACGUGCCGCGUACCACGCUGCUAACGCUGGAGCGGACCAUCGCGCAGCGGCGGGAGGCCAUGAAGCUGCCCUCGGACGGCUCCAAGCCCUCCUGGACGGCUCGCCUGCUGGGCAACCCCGAGCUGCUGUGCAAGAAGAUCCGCGAGGAGGCCGGCGAGCUGUGUCAGACGCUGGAGGCGGACGAGGGCCGGGAGCGGGCGGCCAGUGAAAUGGCGGACCUGCUGUACCACGCUAUGGUGCUGUGCAACCUGCAGGGCGUGGCGAUGGAGGACGUGCUGCGGGUGCUGCGGAAACGCUUCACGCAGAGCGGCAUUGAGGAGAAGGCGGCGCGCCCGCCCAAGGCCGCCGAAUGAUGGGCCACUAGUCGGAGGUUUGCUCAGCAGUGGCGGGGCCAACAUAGGCAUUGUGGUGGGGCUAUGCCGUGGCGUGGUUCGGCGAUUGGUUGCGGUGCAGCGGUGCAGAGGUAGGCACAAGUGAUCAUGACGAGCGAUUUGGCUGUAUGUGGCGAUGCGGGAUGCGCUUAGGGUUUUCAGUAGGGUUUUAGAACAGCAGAACAGAAACCGUGAAAGCGUGAAAGCGUGAAUGCAUACGGUCCUCGAACCUUGCCAACGCUAAACCAGGCAUUUCUGGGCCCCUGGAUGCCGUGGGCGAGAACGUGGUUAGGGCCCUUCUCGCCAGCGGCGGCGGUCUACCCCUGGAAGAUGCAAGCCCUGCACAAGCAGCGACAGCAGUCAAUGUCAGUCGGAACUCGGAACCCCGCGUGCAGAUGUAACUAGCAACCUAC